UUUGUGGAAAUGUCACAGCUACUAUUUACUGGUACAAAACGUCGAGCCUAUCUCCGGGAUAUCACGAUUCUCGUUCCUAAAACAUGGACGAAAAACUCCACGUACGAACAGGCAGGAAUUGAAGCCUUUGAAAAGGCCAAUGUGAUCAUAGACAAGCCUAAUGGUGUACAAGGUGACAACCCAUACGUCAACCAGAAGGGGGAAUGUGGACAGCCGGGGACGUUUAUGCACUUGACUCCCAAAUUUGUACUAGACGACACCGUGGCAGCAGCAUAUGGCACGCCUCCUGCUAAGACAGUCCUCCAUGAGUGGGGACAUUUGCGCUGGGGUUUGUUUGACGAGUACCCGGUGGACGAAAAUGAUGCUCAUUUCUACCAUGACUCCAUGUCUGAGAGAAUAGAAGGCGUGCGCUGUUCCCGGGGAGUGACGGGCAAGGAGUAUAAAAGAGUUAACGACGAUUUUGUGUGGAAUUGUAACCCGGAUAAAAAGACCAACCUGCCGGAAAGUGCUUGCAGGUUCGCCCCUUAUGUGAAGGGAAAUGAAGGAGCCACCUCUAUCAUGUCACACCAUUAUGUGGAAUCUGUUAUCGAGUUCUGUGACAAUGAUGCACAAGCACAUGCACUUGACCUACAUAACGACCAGGCCCCUAACAGGCAGAAUAGACUCUGUGACGGCAGGAGUGCCUGGGAAGUCAUGAGAGAGCACGAAGAUUUCGAAAACAAUAAUAACCCCCCCGUACAAGGUGAUAUAGAUACAACGCCUACCUUCAGAGUGGUUCAACAGCAGCCCAAGAGAUAUGUACUGGUUCUCGACGUUUCCGGAAGUAUGGCGAAUGACAACAGAUUGAAGAACCUGAAGAAGGCGUGUACAGAGUUUCUACUCAACACUGUUGACGAAGAGAGCCAAGUUGGUGCUAGAAAACAACAACAUGGCGGCAGCUGGUGGUAUUUUGGUCGUUGUUAG